AUGAGCUUGUGGACUGUUGGACAAAUUGAAGGCGACAAAUACACUAUAAUUGUGAAGAGAAGAGGUGGUAAAGAAAAAAAGAACAAGGCAACGUCAUCAUCAGCCGCCACUCCAACUUCGGUCGAAUUAUCAUCGCGAAAAUCGAUGCCGAAGAGAAAGAAGAAUCGUAGAGUCGUUGUUAAUGGUAACCUUAUUUAAUAUAUCAACACCUACCUAACAUUGAUUUUUUAGAUGAACAUUUGGAUCCAGAGACUGAAAAUGUACUUCGAAACAUCCGCGAGAUCAAUAAAUAUCUGAAAUACAAAUAUAAUAUCAAACCAGAAUUACCAAGAACUCAAAGUAGUUCCUGCAAAACAACUAGAUCAUCAUCUCGUUCAACACAAACUCGUUAUUCAACUGCAACUUCGGCAAGCGCUGAAGCUGAAGAAUCUAGCCUUCUCAAGAAUAUUUCAAAAAUAAAAAUAUCAGAAGGUUAUGAUCAUAAAGGAUAUCCAUUAUCUCAUCCAUUGGCAACGACACCAUUUCCUGGUGCAACGACUGCUGCACAAAGAGAGAAAGCAAGACAAUUGUUGAAGAAAAUGACACUUCAACAACCAUCGGAGAAAAGUUCGAAAAAGUCGAAGAAAAGUAAGAAAAGUAGCAGAGGAAGUUCGAAAAAAGGCAAAAAAGAUACUUGUGUCAAUUGUUCAACUUGCUCGGAUUGUUGUCGAAAAUGUCAUUUGAAACAUAUGGUAACUGAUGAAGAUCGCGAAAAAUUCCGGCUUGAUAUUAUUAAAUUGCGUAAAAAUAUUCAACGCCCCGAAAAGCGAAGACAACAACAUAUCAAUUCGCCAUACGAUGACACUCAAUCUGUUUCAACUACUUCUAUUUCCGUUUCUUCCCACAAUGAAUGA